ACACGCGCGCGCGAUGGCGCCGCGCACGCGCUUCGCGAUCCUCGACUGCGAGGACGCGGACAAGUGGGACGGCCACGCGAUCGCGAUCUCGCGCUUGUUCUCGAGAGCGGGCGAGCGAUGGCGCGUCCUUCCCGCGGAACACUUCCGGUGCUUCAGCGGCGAGCUCCCGGAGCUCGCGUCGCUCUCCUCCUACGCCGGGCUCGUCGUCACCGGAUCGCAUCACGGCGUCAACGACGGCCGCGGCUGGAUCGACGCGCUUCGUUCGUUCCUCGCCGAGGCGUGCGAUCCCUCGCGAGGCGUGCGCGUGCUCGGCGUGUGCUUCGGGUGCCAGAUCCUCGCGCAGGCGCUCGGCGGCGCCGCGGGGAAGAACCCGCGCGGAGACGGCGGGUUUACGCUGAAGCGCGAGCGCGUGACGUGCCAUCGCGCGAUGCUCGAGCGCGACGACUACCAAUCGGCCGCGGCGUCGUUUCCGUCGUCGAGCGCGGAUUCCGAUUCUGUCAUCAUGACCGUGUUCGAAUCCCACGGCGACGCGGUGACGUCGCUCCCGCCCUCCGCGACGACGCUCGCGACGUCCGCCACGGCGCCGCACGAGAUCUGGAGCCGCGGCGACAACGUCCUCGCGUGGCAGGGGCACCCCGAGCUCAGCGCCGACGCCAUCGUCGCGAAGAUCGUCCCGCACGUCUCGUCGUUGUCCGAACGACAGCGAGACGCAGGCGCGUCCUCUUCUUCACACUGGUUCCCGUACGACCGCGUUCCGGUGGAGGACUUCGAGACCGACGACGUCGACGGCGACGUCGCGAGGGACGCGAUGCGGCUGAUCGCGAUGGGGCGCGCGUUCUUGAGAGGGGGGAAGUGCGAGGGCGACGACGCGGACGUCGUCGCCGCGCAUAAGUACGCGUGCGACGAGCGUUUCGCGCGAUGCGGCGGCGGCGGCGGCGGCGGCGGCGGGGAGGACGACGGCGGGCUCGCGUCCGCGGCGGCGCGGGACUUCGUCGCGAACUUUGGGAGGAAGAGCAACGCCGGGAAGGAGGAGCCCGGGCGCGGGCGCGGGAACGAGCGCGCCGCCGCGUCGAACGGCCGGGACGCGUCGACGGCGCCGCCGCGGGGCCCCGCCUCUGGCGACGACGCGUUGAAAGCCGCCGCCGCGGAUGCGUUCGCGAAGACGUCGAAACACCUCUCCGCGGAGCUCGCGAUCGUCGCCGCGGAGUUCAGACUCUCCGCGGACGCGCACGACGAGGCGUCUCGGAAGUUCGACGCGAUCGCGUCCACGGCGGAGGACCUUCGCGCGUUCGCGGGGCGUCUGAGCGAAAAGAGCGAAAAAUUGUCGCCGCUGCUGCGUUCACUGCGCGGCGUCGACGCGCAGGUCACGGCGCUGGAGGAGGUCGCCGCGGCGAUGGCGACGCGCGCGAGCGAGCUCGAGGCGAAGCUCGUCGCGCUGGGGGGGUCGAUCGCGCCGGAGUGACGAUCGCGAUCGACGACGCGCGAGGCGAGGAGAGAAGUCGUCGGCGGCGGCGGCGGCGGCGCGUCGUCGUCUGUCGUCGCGUCGUCGUCGUCUUUUGUAGAUUCAGUUUUAGUACCUGCUAGUAGUCGACGCU